GCUCUUUGUUUCUGAACUUGUACUGGUUAUAAUGUUCGUAUCUCUUGGUCGGCAUGUUUAUAUACUUUGCCGCGCUUUAUACACUUUCAGACGAAUUUGUGAUCUGUUGAGCUGAGCACUAAUCGUGCACUGGUUGUUUGAGGCGCUAUUAUGUUUGUGCAAUCGUAAAAAGAAUUCUGUUGUAGAUUAAACAGAUUUAUUUAUACAGUUCUAAUUAGGUGUCCUAACCUAAUUGCUAUUAAUUAUUAUUUAUUAAUACCCCAAUAUAUUAGUCUUAGUUAUUUAAGUAAGUAUUUUUUCGCCUCUUCGCAUAGUUUUAGAGAAUUGAAAUAUGGACGGCCAAACUCCAAGAGUAGUUCGCAAUGAGAGUUUCGAUUUGAAUCUUAAACAUGGUUUGUGCUCCUCAUUCACUGAGCAAGAAUUUUGCGAUAUGACAUUCGCCGUGGGGAAUCACCUCUAUAAUGCCCACAAAAUUGUUCUAUCUAUUUCUUCAGUAUACCUGAAGAACAUUCUAUUAGCUAGUCCUGCAAAGUAUCCUAUAGUUGUGCUUUCCGAUGUUCGGCCAAAGAUUUUAGAGUAUCUUCUUCAAUUCAUGUAUUGUGGUUCGGUCGAAGUACCUGCUGGUGAUCUAAAUGAUUUUCUUUCAUCUGGGAAAAAUCUCCAUAUAAAAGGCUUACAAGCUAUUAAUUCAGAGCAUCUAAGUUCAGUAUCUAAAGAUAACAAGAUCAUUUCAAACGAGAAUGAUAAUGAAUCCAAGUCCAGUUCGUCGACUUUGACAUUUUGCCCAGAUUCUAUUAAGAGUUUUACAACCCAAAGCAAUAUUAAGAGAAAGCCGAAAGAUUUGACCUUAAGUCCAACCCCUACGAAGAAAUUGAAGAAGAGACACUCAGUUAGUUUUAAAAUCGAUCCAGAUUUUACAAAAGAUAAUGACGAGGAGUUCUAUCAAUAUGAUAAUAUAAUGGAACCAGAAGUGAGAAUUCAAGAUGAUUUUAUCAGAGACGAUAAGCAAUCUGUAUCUGAAUCAACAACCCCUUCAGGACCUAACAUUUCUAACCAUGCUGGCAAAGUUGAAAAUGCAGAUAUCAAAUUUGUGAAAGGUGUCUCUGGAAAACUGCAUCUGCUUUGCAACAACUAUACCUUCCAUAAAAAUACUAUGAGGAAAGAUAGAGUGUAUUGGCUUUGUGCUGCUUAUCAAAGUCAGCUUCAGUGUAGAGCGAGAUGUGUUACAAUUAAUGGUAAAGUUAUGAGCAUUACAGGAUAUCAUAAUCAUGAAACCGAUUACAAAGAAAGGCUAACCACAUCUGCUGACUCUAUUCUACUUGAUGGCACGUCCAUAGCUGAUCAUCAAUCUUGUGUAAGCGGGAGUACUGUUGCUACAAAGCCUUUGAGAAAGUUAUCCUUUGUGAAUAAUACUAAGAAUGCCGAUAAUCAGUCAACUACCCAAGAUAAUAUUGAAUUACUGCCAUCCAAGAAACACACUGAUUCACCCCCAGGUACCAGUAGUUCUGUUAUAGAUGAUACUAAUGAUACUGUUAAGGAUUCUAUUUCUGAGGCUGUUAGUAAUACUGUACCCAAAAUUAAAACUGAAAGUGCUGAUGAACAUCUUGUUGAACACUUAUCACCGCAACUGAAACCAGAAUCAAUUGAGUCGGAUUUAUCCUCAAUAGAAAAUGAUGCAAUUGCUAUUGAUAAUUCUUUUAGUCUACAUAGUGCCAGUAACACAGGUCCUGAUUCGAACCUUUCCCCAGUUAAGCAUGAAUCGUAAUACAAUUAAAUUUUUACCAUAAAAAAUGAAUUUCAAUGUAUUUCACACAACCAAUUUAAAUAGUUCUACUAUUAAGUUCCUGUUAUUAAGUUAAAUUAUUCUUUAUUUAGUUAACCUCAAUGCUGAUAU